CUUGACGUUUCGGGCCUGGACCCUGAGAAGGCGGGGAAUGAUGGAAGAGAUCAAAGCGGAGGUGCGGGUGACCAUACCAUUGCGAGGAAGGAGAGGGAGAGACCUGCAAACAUUGACCAAUGGAAUGGGCGGGACCCAAGGGCUGUCCAAUGGUAGGAGGGGAGAACCGGGUAAACAGACAAUGACCAAUAGAAGGACGGAGAAGGCGGGGUUCUGACCGACAGCACCAAUAGAAGGAGAAAACGAGCGGAGCCGGCAGAGCACACGUGCGCAGUGCCUCUGCCUGGAGGGGGAAGGUUGUUUUUUUUGUCAGUUUGUCGCUGAGGGAGGAGAGGUCUGUCAGUGAUGGAGGAUCUGCAGGGCCAGCCAGGAGGGAGUUCCCGACAUAGAUAGCAGUGUGGAAGAAUCAAAGAAAGGAGAAGGAGGGGGAGCUGCACAGAAUAAGAAACAAGUUGCUGGUAACACAGAAUCAUUAGCUGUGCUUCGUUACUGCUUAAUUCAAGCGCAUGAAAUAUCACAGAAUAGGGCACUGAGGCGUUCAUCAUCUGCUGCAUUAUUUCCUGGCAAUGAAGAGACUGGCUGCUGUGAGGUUGAGACUGCAGUUUUAAAUGCUACCGAACUGCAAGAUAACAUAACAAUUUUGCAGAUCUACACUGGACCACAUGGAAGAUAAGUGUAAAAAAUAGUACUUCUUGAAUACCCAGGCUCAGCAUCUACAAACCUUGUUUGGUUUCUAUAUCCCUCCGCUAUGAUGGCUGCCUUUUCCUUCAGUUACAGGAUACGUCCAGCAAUAUUCAAAUCUGUGUUGAAUAUCACUGUCUUGAUAUCGGGCAGACCUGCUUUGAAAGCAUCUUUCAGGUUGAAGAAUUUUCCCAAACUUACUCUUGCUUAUCUAGGGAUCGGAGCUUCAUCAGUUGCAAAUUCCCAGAGGAUGGUCACUAUGGAAGCAAAAGUGUUACAUUGGCCAAAUUCAAAGUCCAAACACUCAUUUUUGAAAGAUCUAUUCUGGAAACUUCGUUUAACUGUCCAAGUGGUUGUUCGAGCCAUGCUUUUGCUAUUGAGAUUUGGACCUUUGUUGCUGCUGUAUCCAGGUUGUCUUGCAUCUUCCAGUUUUGCUGUUUUCUGGUGUAAUUUACUCUUGAGAUCCAUUGAAGCUGCAGGUCCUACUUACAUAAAACUUAGCCAGUGGUUCAGCACCAGAAGGGAUCUCUUCUCAGCAGAGUUCUGUGAUAAACUCUCCAGACUUCAUGUCCAUGUUACACCACAUCCUUGGAAAUACACAGAGUAUCGUCUGAAAAGGGCCUUUGGAGAGGGCUGGAGGAAUAUAUUUCAGAUUGAAAAUAAGAAACCCAUCAGAUCAGGCUGCAUUGCUCAGGUCUAUAGAGCUUACACUGAUCCCAGGAACAUUAAUAACUCUGAAUUUCAGAAACUUGUGGAAAGUUUUGAAAAAGAGGAUCACUUUGAAGCCUGGGAGGUAUUUGGGCUUCAAGGCAUAUUUCAUUAUAUGUUUGGUAAAAAACAGAAUGAUUUUCAAGAUCAGACCAACAAAGUUGACUAUAAUAACCAAAAAAAUGGAUCUGAAACUGCUGAGGAAUCCACUGUAAUACCAGAACUGGAGGAUAGAAAGGCAGACCAUCACCCUGAACCAGGAACACUCAUUCCAGUGGUUAUCAAGGUGAUGCAUCCUGGGAUAGCCCAUCGCGUCAAUAUGGAUCUGAUGCUGAUGAAAGCAGCAAGCUGGGUUCUCAAUCUCCUGCCAGGUCUAAAGUGGCUGAGGCCGAUUAAAGUAAUAGGAGAAUUUGAAGAGCUCAUGACACGACUGAUUGACUUGCGAUACGAGGCAAAGAAUAUGGAGAAAUUCCGAGAGAAUUUUCAGAGUAUGGAGUCAGUCAAGUUUCCACUACCUCUCAGGCCAUUUGUCACAAGGACGAUUCUGGUUGAAACAUUUGAGGAGAGUGAGCCCAUCUCAGUGUGCUUGGCAAAGGACAUACCUAAUGUACUGAAACAGAGGUUGGCAAGAGUUGGGGUGGAGAUGCUGCUGAAGAUGGUGUUUGUGGAUAACUUUAUUCAUGGAGACCUUCAGUCUAGAAAUAUUUUCAUCCAGGGGGCCGAUCAGUUCCAUCUACAAAAUGAUGACAAGACAACGAUUGUAGACCUAUGUGAUACGCUAAUUGUUAAUGUGCAUCAUUCCCAGUGCCCAUUAAAGCUUAUUCUUCUAGAUACUGGCAUUGUUACUGAACUCCAGCCAUCUGAUUUGCAUAAUUUCAAGGCUGUCUUCACUGCUUUAAUUGAAGGACAGGGAGAACAGGUUGCUGAAUUACUACUGACUCAAUCCACAACCAAUGAAUGCCAGGAUAUCCAGCUUUUUAAAUCUGAAGUAAAAAAUCUCUUCAGUGAAGUCAGGCUGAAGACAGAUUCUCUGGGAGAGCUCCAUGUAGCAGGUUUACUGUCUCAGAUUUUGGAGACACUCCUUGCACACAAGGUCAAGGUGGAAAGUAAAUUUGUCUCCAUCAUCUUUGCCUUCAUGGUUUUGGAGAACCUCAGCCAUUCUCUGGAUCCCAAGUUAGACUUGCUGGAAGUGGCCAGACCUUUGCUACUGAAGAAUGCACAAAAUUUGUAAUGAUGUUCUCGAACUGUAACAUUGCAUUAUGACCAUGCUUACUCGGGAAAGGAGAGAGUACUUUUACCAGAGAUCUGCAACUAUUCAAUCUUUGAUCAACAUACAAGUGGGGAUUUAACAAUAGCAUGAUGCCAAGGUCAGUAAAAAUCCAUUUGUGGAAUAAUUCAUGAUGUUUAUCAGACUUUUAAGCCCUUGUGAAAGUGUAAACAAAAUGAAAAUGCAAGAUUAUAUGUGUACAUGUAGACUUCUUGGAUAUAUUGAUUUUAUUACACUGCACUGACAAACCGAACAAAUGUAGUUUUCAGUCGUGGUGAUUUGAAUCUUCGACUAUUAGCACAGAGUGGGAAGGGUAAGAAGUUGGCACCAUCCAUAUGUGUUGCAGAGCUUUGUAAAAUAAACCAAUAAAAUGAAACGACUGAAUAGUU